AUGGCUGCUGCUGCCUCUUCCUCGGCCUCGCCGCUUCUCCUCCCGUCAGGGCCGCGUGGCGCUAGCUCGAGGGCCUGGCUUCCCAGCGGCGGCGGCGGCGGCGGCAGGGCGUUCAUCAGAGGUGGCAACAGCAGGGCGCCAUGCUGCAGGAGGGCUGCCGCUGGCGGAGGAAGCGCGGCGCAAUGCGGAGGAGCUGACGACGACAACGGUGGCGUGGUCACCCGGAGGGGCGUGGUCGGGGCGGUGGUUCUGGGGGUGUCGUCGUCCGCGUUAUGCCUGCAGGCCGCGCUCGACGCCUUCGCCGGCGGGCUGCCGCCGGAGGAGAAGCCCAAGCUCUGCGACGCCGCCUGCGAGGCAGAGCUCGAAAAUCUGCCUAUGGUGACUACGGAGUCCGGUUUGCAGUACAAGGACAUCAAAGUCGGGCAAGGGCCGAGUCCGCCCGUUGGCUUCCAGGUUGCUGCAAACUGCAUCGCCAUGGUGCCAAACGGACAGAUAUUCGACAGCUCGCUGGAGAAAGGCCAGCCCUACAUAUUCCGUGUUGGCGCAGGACAGGUGAUAAAGGGACUUGAUGAAGGGAUCUUGUCGAUGAAAGUUGGAGGAUUACGUCGGUUGUACAUACCCGGUCAAGUAAGUAGUCUUGCCUUGUCAAGUUUAACAGAGCAAUGCCGAAAACGAAACAAAACAAAACUAGCUGUUGUGCAAGAAAACUUUACCUUUUCCUCCAAUGAUCAUGCGCUGUGUUUCUUCAGUCUGGGGUAUCUGGACAGGAUAGUGAUGAUUUCCCAUCUUCUUGAUCUGAGCAGUUAG